AUGGAGACUCGAACAAGGCGUUUGAACAGGCGCAGUUCCCCAGAACUGUGGAUUCCCUAUGUCCUGAUCGGCGUCAGCUGCGUCACUUUUCUGGCGGUUCAUUUUUGGUGCUACCACAAGAGAAACCGGGAGAGGUACUUGCGCAAAAGAGACGAGACGCGGGUCAAGUCGGGCCUGUUGGAAAGACGAAGAAUAACAACGUUAAUGCUGGCAAAGUACCAGUCCGAUCUGGGUGAGAAGUUUACAUGUUUAUGCCAGAAAACAACAUCCCUGUCUGCGUUCGGUGACUCAUUAACAUGCAGGGAGUUUUUUUUUUUUUGGUAG